UCCAUUCCAAUAAUCAAAAUGGCGUGGGUUAUAGGAUUAAAUACGUUACAAAUAGUUUUAAUACAGUGUUCCUUUCAGGAAAUAUUUUGUUUGAGAAGUCAAGAAGUGGACAGUUUGAUAGAGCGAGGCUAUAACCUGAAGGAUUCUAUGAGGCAGCAGCUAGGAGGAAAGUUUACCAUUGGUAUCAAUGACCCCAAAUCUGACACGGGCGAGUACCCGGUUCGCAAGACGGAAGUGAAACCUUUCUACAUGGACAUCUAUCCAGUAACAAACGCCCAGUUCUGGAAGUACAAGAUGUCAAAGAAAAAGUACCGCACUUCUGCCGAGAAGGCCGGCUUCAGCUGGGCGCUUAUGUCCUUCUUAAGCGACUCGGUCUUGGACAAAUGGACCUCAGCGUCCGCUGACCCGUGGUGGGUUGCCGUGAAAGGGGCUCAGUGGGAUAGGCCCGAAGGACCAGGAACACAGAUCCGAAACAAGCUCGACUACCCAGUUGUCCAUGUGAGUUACCAGGACGCCAAGGCAUACUGCCAGUGGGUGGGGAAACGGUUACCAAAUGAAGAAGAGUGGGAAUUCGCCGCGAGAGGGAGUUUGAAAGGUGGAUUGUCUUCUGAAAACUUAUUUGAAGGCUCGGGCAACCACGAACUCAACACUUUUGCUUCCUGA